AUGGCUUCAACUUCCAAAAAAGCAAUUAUGGGCGGUCCCGUACAACGGCAGCUUGUAAAGUUACAAGACAUGGCGAAGACACUAGAGGCUUCUGAGGAUAUUCAAACACAAAUACAGAUUUGUAUAGAAAACGUUACAGCACAAGAGGAAUACUGUGAUACUAUCUCCAGUCCCCCCAGUGAGGCCAUUCAAAACCUCAUCACAGAGACAAAAAAACAUCCCUGGCAGAAAACAAUGGACGAGGGCAAAGUAAUGGGUAGAGUCGGACCAGGAAUGAUGUCUGGUGCUCUGGAAGGUACAUUCUUAAAGACACUCGUUGGCAUGUCAAACGCCAAACGAAUUCUCGAAGUCGGUCUCUUUACCGGAUGUGGCGCGCUUGCCAUGGCUGAGGCACUUCCGGCUGAUGCUAAAGUUAUCACGUGUGAGUUAGAGGAGUAUGUUGCAGACGUUGCCAGGAAACUGGUUGACCAAUCACCACACGGAAGGAAGAUCGAUAUUAUGAUAGGCCCAGCAGCAGAAAGUCUACAAAAACUUGCUGAAGAAGGACAGAAGUUCGACAUGGUUUUUGUUGACGCCAACAAGGACGGUUAUAUCGACUAUUAUAAGAUCAUAAUGGACAAUGACAUGCUGACCGCCCGAGGCACAAUACUGAUUGAUAAUGCUCUGAACAGAGGUCAGGCCUAUUUACCAAAGGAAAAGUUGGUGAUUUCUGAGACUUGGGGAAAAUACAGUCACGCAAUACGAGAUUUCAACGACUAUGUCUACAACGAUAACAGAGUGUCACAGGUGAUGGUGCCUAUCCGUGACGGUGUGAUGAUGAUCAGAAGAAAGGAGGCGUUCGAAGGAGAAGCAUAG